CCAACAUGCCCAUCACUCGGAUGCGCAUGAGACCCUGGCUAGAGAUGCAGAUUAAUUCCAACCAAAUCCCAGGGCUGAUCUGGAUUAAUAAAGAGGAGAUGAUCUUCCAGAUUCCAUGGAAGCACGCGGCCAAGCAUGGCUGGGACAUCAAUAAGGAUGCCUGUCUCUUCCGCAGCUGGGCCAUUCAUACAGGCCGAUACAAAGCAGGGGAAAAAGAGCCAGAUCCCAAGACGUGGAAGGCAAACUUCCGCUGUGCCAUGAACUCCCUGCCCGACAUCGAGGAGGUGAAAGACCAGAGCAGGAACAAGGGCAGCUCCGCUGUGCGGGUAUACCGGAUGCUCCCGCCUCUCACCAAGAACCAGAGGAAAGAGAGAAAGUCCAAGUCCAGCCGAGACACUAAGAGCAAGGCCAAGAGGAAGUCGUGUGGGGAUUCCAGCCCCGACACCUUCUCUGAUGGACUCAGCAGCUGCACCCUGCCUGAUGACCACAGCAGCUACACAGCUCACGGCUACCUAGGGCAGGACCUGGAUGGGGAGCGGGCCCUUACUCCAGCACUGUCGCCGUGCGCCAUCAGCAGCAGUCUCCCGGACUGGCACCUACCGGUGGAAAUAGUGCCAGAUAGCACUAGUGACCUGUACAACUUCCAGGUGUCACCCAUGCCUUCCACCUCUGAAGCUGCAACGGAUGAGGAUGAGGAGGGGAAGAUACCUGAGGACAUCAUGAAGCUACUGGAGCAGUCAGAGUGGCAGCCCACAAACGUGGAUGGGAAGGGGUACCUGCUCAAUGAGCCUGGAGUCCAGCCUACAUCCAUCUAUGGAGACUUCAGCUGCAAGGAGGAGCCAGAAAUUGACAGUCCUGGCGGUGACAUCGGGCUGAGGCUGCACCCCGUCUUCACUGAUCUGAAGAACAUGGACCCCAGUUGGUUGGACAGCAUGCUGCCCCCAGUCAGGAUGCCCUCCAUCCAGCCCAUACCCUGUGCACCGUAGUUGGGCCCUGGCCCCCUCACUCCUAGGCAAGCAGGACCUGGCAUUGUGGUGGCUGUGUGCAGAGAAGCUGGGCCCUGUGGCCCCCCAGCGUAGCACAUUGAGACACCUCUGCAAGCAAGGAUGGCGCCUGCCCCCCUGGGGUCAGUGGACACUCAGGACCUGCAGGCCAGGGCCUGGGCUUGUCCUGUGGGGUGAAGCUGGUUUAGCCUCUCGGGAAGAGGGCGAAGGGGUUCUGAGAUGGGUGACUCAGCCGAAGACUAGGACAGGAGUUGGCCUCUCGCUUUUCUCUCAGCCCCGCUGCCUGGAGAGGGUCUCACAGUCACUGAGCUGGCCCCCAGGGAAUAGAUGGGUGACCUCAGAAGAGCACAGCACCAAGCCCAGGCUGGCUCUGCCUAAGAGACAAUUGCACUAAAUGAAUCUUAUUCCCAAAGACCCGCCUCCCUUCCCAGCUGAGCCCCGGGGACUGUUCCAAAGCCAGUGAAAUGUGAAGAAAGAAGGGGUCCCAUGUGGAGGUGACCCUCAGCCCCAGAGCAGCCCUGCCUGCCCCCUGCUCCGGCUGAGGGGCUUGGGAAGAAACAUGGCACUUUCUUGUGGACCUUGCCACAUUUCCUAUCCAAGGUGUACACUAACAUUUUCCUCAAGCUCUUGACUUAGCAUUUAUUUAUACAGUGCCUUGCCCAGUGCCCACCACCCGCCCAGGCCCUGGCAGCCCAGGGAGGGAUGUGUGAGCGCCUUGGUGUCUCAGAAUUGGAAAUGCCAUCGAACCCCCUGAGUCGCGUGUGACCAUAUUUGGUCGUGUGUGUAAAUAUGUACAUUUAUCUUUUUAUAAAAAGUUGAUUGUUUAUAA